AUGACUGAGAUUAAAGUAUUAUUUUUAUAUGAUGAUACCUACAUUUGUUUAAAAGAUGUAUAACAGGUUGGUCAUAUGAUUACAGAAAUAUAUUAACAAACUUUAACAAUAAGAAUUCACAAAUUGAAAACCUAAUCAUUUAAUGAUGGACACAAAAAAAUAUCUAGAAUAGUAAGAAUACAAAUAUUCCAUGAAAAUAAAUGUAUAAAAUGA